UGAAAAUAGCCCAGCAUCUCUUUCACUUUUGAAGAACAGUUUCCUACCUGAGGAGCCUUGUCCAAGAACACAAACUCCAGUGGGCCCCGUGGAAGAGUAGGGUCUCCUCUAUCAUUUCUGAUCAAACACCCAUUCCCAGAGCAGAAAUGUCUGGCAGAGAUAAAACUCCGCUGAUCUCCAGUGUGCAACAACAGAAGUACGCCUUGAAGCAAUCAGAGCACAAACUUCUCAAAGAAGAAGGUUAUCUUCUAUCUGAUGGCUCUAUCACCAUAGAAGAAUAUCAAUGCACGCAGGAAAGUAAGACAAAGGUGGUUCAGCAUGAGGGUCAACAGGACUUGUGCUACACCUUCAAAAUAAAUAAACAUAUGGCAGUAAAUCUGGUGAAGCACAGACCCAAGCCAGAUAAGCACAAGAUGCUAGGGGCCAUUCCAGAAGUAUAUAUAAAGCAAGUAGAAGAGACUUUUUACCACACACAGUCAUUUAAAAGGGAGAAUUUGUUCCAAAACUUCACAAGCCUACUACUCUUUGAAAAAUUGUGCCAAAGAGACUCAGAGAACUUGGUCAGAAAAAGCCAGCAUCCAUGUGGACCAGAGGAAGAAGGACAUAUGAUUGAGAUCCAAGACUUAUUUGGCCCAAACAUAGGUACUCAGAAAGAGCCUCAAUUAGUCAUAAUAGAGGGGGCUGCUGGGAUUGGGAAGUCAACACUGGCCAGGCAGGUGAGGAGAGCCUGGAAGGAAGGCCAGCUCUACAGGGAUCGCUUUGAGCAUGUCUUCUUCUUCAGCUGCAGAGAGUUGGCCCAGCACAAACAGCUGAGUCUGGCUGAGCUCAUAGCACAAGGCCAGGAAGUGCCCACUGCUCCCAUCAGUCAGAUCCUGUCUCACCCUGAGAAGCUGCUCUUCAUCCUGGAUGGCAUAGAUGAGCCAGCAUGGGUCUUGAUGGACCAGAAUCCUGAGCUAUGUCUGCACUGGAGUCAAACCCAGCCUGUGCACACACUGCUGGGCAGUUUGCUUGGGAAAUCCAUUCUUCCUGUGGCCUCCUUCCUGCUCACAGCUCGGGACACAGCUCUACAGAAGAUUAUUCCUUCCUUGGGUCAGCCACGUCGGGUGAAAGUCCUGGGCUUCUCUGAAUUUAAACGGAAGGAAUACUUCUACAAAUAUUUUGCAGAAAGAGAUGCAAUUAGAGCUUUUAGUUUGGUUCAGUCAAAGCCAGUGCUCCUGACCCUGUGUGAGGUUCCCUGGGUGUGCUGGCUGGUCUGCACUUGCCUGAAAAUGCAGAUGGAGCAGGGUAGAAACCUCUCACUAACCUCACAGACCACCACAGCCCUCUGCCUGAAAUACCUUUCCCUGACAAUUCCCAGUCAGCUCAUGAGGACCCAUCUCAAAGCCCUUUGCUCACUGGCUGCUGAGGGGAUCUGCCAAAGAAAGGCCCUGUUCAGUGAAAGCGACCUCUGUAAGCAAAGGUUAACAAAGAAUGCCAUUGACACUUUCCUGAAGAUCGGUGUCCUUCAAAAGCAGCCCAGCUCUCUGAGCUACAGCUUUGCCCACUUGUGUCUCCAGGAGUUCUUUGCUGCAAUCUGUUACCUCUUGGAGAAUGGGAAGAAAAGUCAUGGUGAUAAGGAAAACAUUAGAAUUUUGAAAACACUGAAAGAAGUGUAUGGGAGACAUACACUAUGUGAGGCACCCACUGUGCGCUUUCUAUUUGGUCUUUUGAAUAAACAGAGAAAGAGAGAAGCCUUUGCCCGAGAGCUGUCUUGUAAGACAACAUUGGAGCUUCUAUGGAGCAUCAUAGGGGACCCACCCUAUCAACUACACCAUCUGGGUUUGCUCCACUGUCUAUAUGAGAGUCAGGAAGAGCAGCUCCUGACACAGGUGAUGCAUAAUUUUCACUUAACAGUGCCUGACCCAAACUCCAUGGAAGCCACAGUGUCCCAGUCAAAUAUGAAUCACCUGGUGGUACAGACAGACAUGGAGCUCAUGGUGGUCACUUUCUGCAUUAAGUUCUGCUGUCAUGUGAGGAGUCUUCAGCUGAAUAGGAAAAGGCAGCAGGGACAUGAGUUGACAGCCCACAGGAUGGUUCUGUGCAGGUGGACCCCAAUCACGGAUGCCAGUUGGAAGAUUUUCUUCUGUAAACUUAAACUCACCAGAAACCUGGAGGAACUGGACAUCAGUGGAAAUCCACUGAGCUACUCUGUAGUACACAGUCUUUGUAAGGCCCUGAGACACCCUGUCUUCCAACUAAAGGCCUUGUGGCUUGUUGACUGUGGCCUCACAUCCAGAUACUGCUCACUCCUGGCCUCAGUGCUCAGUGCCCGCUCCAGCCUGACUGAGCUAAACCUGCAGCUGAAUGACCUGGGUGACGAUGGUGUGAUAGUGCUGUGUGAGGGGCUCAGGAAUAGAGCCUGCAACCUCAAAAUCCUACGGUUGGACCUGUCCUCUCUCAGUGACCAGGUGAUUACAGAGCUCAGGGCCCUGAAGGCAGAGAAUCCAAAGCUGCACAUCUACAGCAUAUGGGAGCCACAUAUGAUGGUCCCUUCUACAAACAUGGAUAAAGAAGUGAGUGAUAACCCAGCCUUACUGAAGCAGCAGAGACAGCAGUCAGGAGACAAACACAUGGAACUUCUGGGGACUGAUGAUGACUUCUGGGGCCCUACAGGACCUGUGGCUACUGAGGUGGUUGACAUAGAGAGGAACCUGUACCGAGUGCAGUUGCCCGUGGCUGGUUCCUACCACUGUCCCAGCACAGGACUCCACUUUGUGGUGACAAGAGCAGUGACAAUCGAGAUUGAAUUCUGUGCCUGGAGCCAAUACCUGGAGAAGACUCCCUUUCAACAGAGUCUCAUGGUGGCUGGACCUCUGUUUGACAUCAAGGCUGAGCAAGGAGCUGUGACUACAGUCUACCUCCCUCAUUUUGUGUCACUCCAAGGUAACCAAGAGGAAACAGUGGACACCUCCUUGUUCCGUGUUGCCCACUUUCAAGAACAUGGGAUGGUCCUAGAAAUGCCAGCCAGGGUGGAACAGCAUUAUGCAGUACUGGAAAACCCAAGCUUCUCCCCAAUGGGAGUUCUACUGAGACUGAUUCCUGCUGUUGGACACUUCAUCCCCAUCACCUCCAUCACACUGAUCUACUAUCACCUCUAUCUCGAGGACGUCACCUUUCACCUUUACCUGGUCCCCAAUGACUGCACUAUUCGGAAGGCCAUUGAUGAUGAAGAAAUGAAGUUUCAAUUUGUGCGCAUAAACAAGCCACCACCAGUAGAUGCUCUUUAUGUUGGUUCCCGCUAUAUUGUGUCUGGCACCAAAACGGUGGAAAUUAUCCCUAAGGAACUGGAGCUGUGCUACCGAAGUCCUGGGGAAUCCCAGCUCUUCUCUGAGAUCUGCGUUGGACACAUGGAUUCAGAGAUUAAGCUGCAACUCAGAGACAAGAGGCACAUGAAUCUCAUAUGGGAGGCCUUGCUGAAACCAGGAGACCUCAGACCCACACUGCCCAGGAUUGCUCCAGCCCCCAAAGGAAGAAGGAGAGCCAGGAGUGCAGAAGAAAAGAGCAGUUACAGGAAGAGAGCAAGAAGUGGGCAGCCAGUCAGAGACCCCCAAGGAGCAUUUCUUUGCUCAGUGCCUUCCUCAUCUUCACCCUUAAAUGCUCCUUCCUUGCUACACUUCAUGGACGAGCAUCGGGAGCAGCUGGUGGCCCGAGUGACAUCAGUGGACCCUCUCUUGGACAAGCUGCAUAGUCAGGUGCUGAGUGAAGAUUCCUAUGAGGCAGUACGGGCUGAGACCACAAACCAAGACAAGAUGAGGAAGCUCUUCAGCCUCAGCCGGUCCUGGAGUCAAGCCUGCAAAGACCAAUUCUACCAAGCUCUGAAGGAGACCCAUCCUCACCUCAUCAUGGACCUCCUUGAAAAGUCGGGCGGGGUCUCUUCGGGAUCCUGACAUCACUGAGCACUCUCCCUAGAGUCCUGAUCUACCUUAACUUCCUUAGGGCCUUAGUUUCUCCAUCUGUAACCAGUGGCCAUGUGAGUGUCCUUUUCUGAUAGCACUGUUUCCAGAACACCUCUUGGGGAUCCAAAUGUUCCUCCUUGGAUUCCUCAGCCAGAUGGUCGUGUGAGUUGAAUAUCUCAAGAAACAUCCAGUGGUGCCAAUAAGUCUAUUCACAUCUUGUCCAGCCUGCUGUGAUGGUCAGAGUGGCCAGCCUCAAGCCAAACUGACCCUCUAUAAUACAAGCAGGAUGGGGAUCCUGAGAAUGGAAGCAAAGAGAUGAGAGUUCCCCCUGAAAAGUGAAUGUCUCAUGAAUAGGAAAGGAACGAGGCUUUUAAAAUGCAUGUUAUCUGGUCAAACAGAGAUGUAGGGAAGUCACAGGAUGCAACAUGGGACUUGCCACCAGAAACACCUCAGAUUCAGUGCACAUUGUGAAUUUAUCUUGGGCAGUUACCUAUGCACAAGCCUUCUGUCCUUGUGAUGAAUUUGCAAGCCUCACAUUUGGUCACAUCAUUCCAUAUGAAGGUGUGACUCACGACUACAAGGCUUUUCCCUCUGGAUCACACUCUGCAUCCCUCCCUGCCAGGCCCAUGGACAGAGCAGUUAGCCAACUUCUCAGUGUCCCCAUCUUUCUUCAUGACUCUGUGGAUCUCUGUGCCUGCUUCUCUCUCUCUCUCUUUUGAAAUGCAGAAUGUUCUCAUUCUAACUCCUGCUCUUGCUAGAUCACAAGCGUGCAGCUUCAGUCCAGACAUCUUACCCAAAAUCCUCCAGGAUUUUAUUGGAUAUUUCCAAGUUUUGAUCUCCUUUCUGUGAUACUGACAUCAUCAGUAAUUUAGAAAUAUCUUAAACUAAAUAAAUAAGUCAAUGACAGAUAAAGCCAAGAUUCUUAAAUGUUUUUGACAGAUAGGACACAUUGGGCUAUAAAUCACAGAUCUUAAAUGUGUAUGACAGAUAUGAAACACUGGGCUGUCAAUCAAAGUUCUUAAAUGUGUGUGACAGGACACACUGAGCUUAUUUGUAAAGAAGUUAAAAUGUUAUAUCAAUAGUUAAUAUGCGUUUUAUACUGUAAGCAUCUUAAAACUUAUAAAAAGGAAAUAUAUUUGAUUUCAUGAAAUAGUGGUGUGUUAAAAUAAGUUCCCAUCACUUUCUCUGUCUCCUUACUGCAAUGCAAGGUCACUGAGUGCUCUGUCUAAUCCAUGCCUCCAUACUGAUUUGGCUAGGAUAGGCUGAGACACAAGUCCUGACAGAAGAGACUUUCUGUGGCCACAGCAAAUCUGCACUGACAGCCUCCAGAGCCAAGGCUCUCUACUUGGUUCCUCCAGAGGACAAGACGCCUGGACAGCAGUCAGGACCGGGUGCGUCAGUCAGAAAUGGCACGUUUACAGGGAAACAGUAUUAGUGAAUAGAGUAUCUCAGUAUUGAGUGUUCUUCCACAAACUGUUAUUAUUCCUUCUCCGGGCUCUGGGUUGAAGGAUGUAAUCUGCAGCCUGUACAUGAUGUGGUACAGCAAGAGACACCUGGCAUAGGAGGUGUCAGGUCCUUCAACAAGUUCAAAGGGACAGUAAGUAUUUAGAAAUGCAAACUUUAAAAUGUACAUUCAUCUGACAUAAACCAAUAAUUUGAAAAAUACACUUUAUAUAAUGAAAGAAGUGUACUGACAUGUUUACAUUUUAUGUUAAUGAUAAUUAAACACAAUUAUAACAGUUAAUUUGUUAAAAUUGGACAUUAAGAUGAUUGAGGGUAUACAUUUAAAUGUCCUAUAUAAAGGGAAGCCUUCGUUAUAAAGAUGUUAAAUGGCAACUACCUGCUUAGAUGGCAGUCUGCUGAGGAAAGGUCUGUGUAUUUUGAUUUUUGUGUUUGUUGUUGGUAUUGUUUUUAACUGUAUAUACCCUCUGAUAA